CGUCAAGCAGGUCCAAUAUGGAGAUGCUAAUGUAGUAGUCUUUAAAUGAAGCGAUCGUUACAAAUUUGGAAAUGUCAACCAACGUGUAUCGAAACAGGAAUCAAUCAUUGUUGGAUGAAUCUGAGGCAUUCAAAUCUAUCCCUCACUCGUGCUUUCUACAAUACUUCAAUUAAUGUUUUGCAAUUUAAUGUGCAAUUCGCAACAACCCAAAUCGACAGAUAUUACCCAAAACAAAUUUGAUGCGGACGAUUCUCUUUGCGACUCGAAGAUGAAGUGCUUGAUAAAGGAAAUUAAACCGGAAGGGGACAAAGAAAUCGAAAGUAGUAAUACGAAUAAUUUCGUUCAACCGGAACCCCAAAUUUUGCCAGAGGAAUCGCCGUCAAGACGAAAAUCUCAUGGCGGGUCAGUACCUCACAUUCCAUUUUUGAAAACUUUUGGAAGAUCAGAAACCUUUCUCAGAAAGCAAGGAGAGAACACAAGACUGUCAUUAGACAGUCAACAUGGAUUACGGAGACGGAUAUCAGAGCGUCCACAGCCUUUACGGAGGAGAGCAAGGUCAAGCGAAGGAUUCAUUUUGAAAAACAAUAUGGUUGAUUAUUUUGGUGAAGAUGAGAUCCUUGAGUCACGGAACAGUCAAGAGCGACAAGAAUUGUCUAUAGCACACCUGGAACCUAGGUUUAUGAAGAAUGAAAUGAAACGACGCACGAUUCGCAAGUCAUCUCCUAGGAAUACUCAGCACAUCAGUAAAUCGUUGUGCGAAAAGACAAACAAAGUUCGUUCCUCGUCGGUGAUUCCGAUUGAACACCCAUUCAAAAUAAUUUGGGAUGUGUUGACUGUCAUUCUCUCGGUUGUUCAUAGUUAUUUUACCCACAUGGCUAUACGGGACCGCCGCUUUGAACCUUCCCCCUUCAUUUCUUUUUGCCAAGCCUGGUUUUUAUUGGAUAUUCUGCUUAAUUUUUUCACCGAGCGCAAGACAAAUACUGGAAAGAUAAUAAGCGACCCCCGAAAAAUCGUUGCCCGCUACUUGACGUCAUGGUUUGCGAUCGAUAUUUUGUCCCUUCUUCCAUGGGAAGUUUUGUACGUAAAGCCCCUUAUUGAAACACAAAAUCGACGAGGAUUUUUCAAGAAGUCAUUUUUCAGGAGCAAGGCUGUUGUCAGAGUAACAACACAUUUGCGAGGGAAACACUUUAGAUGGUUUGGAUCUGUUGCAAAGCAUACUAAGCAUCACGGAGUCGGUGCACAACGACUUUUGCGACUUAUCAUCAAGUACGUUCCCAAGUAUCUCAUGUUUUUGAGAAACAUGAAGGGUGUAAUUGCAUGUAGAAUUUUGAGGUUUGUUCACUGGUCACGACGUUCGAUGAAAAACAUAGAAAGCAAACCUUCUGAUGCGUCAACUGGAAGUAUGAGUACUGCACGUGGAGAUGAUGACAAAAGCUACAUGGAAGACGACGAAAAUUCUUAUGCUCGACAAAAAAAGCCUUUUGAAGUAGUCUAUGACUGGGAAAAUAUUGACGACGGUGUGCCCUUGUGAAGGACGAAAAAGAACGCUGCUGCUUCAGCGAAUUGGGAUCUUGUGUAAACUAUGUACGUACUGUAAGAAUAACUCAUGUUUUUCACUGUCUAUUUUGAUGGGCCUAAAAAUGUGAACUCCCGGUAGGAAAAGAAUGACAAUUCGUGGUGAGACUAUCGCGUUGUAAAUAAUUCACCGCCGAAAUGCUUCAUCCAAUAUUGAAUACGUGCUUAAAGCUGGGAACGUAAUUUCCUACAUCAAUUCAACCUUGACAUCACCCUCGGGGAGCUUUCCGUUCAAUAUUUUUGGGGGAUUCACUGGAGGUGUCACUCGCAUAACUCUGUAGCUAUUCUCAGGAAUAAAGUACAACGAUCCAUCCUUUCCCUUCGCCGCUCCUUGCCACUUGUCUUUAUGGGUAGACAAGUUCCCUAUCAACUGGACUGGAUUCUUCCCGUUUUCAAUGUCCACAUUUGUUGCAAUUCGACAUAUGUUCAAUCCGUCCGCUGGGAUGCAGUAAAUGCAAUCAUCUCUUCCCAAUAUGCCUCCUUGCCAUUUAUUUUUGUCCUUUCCGGCAAAACCCAAAGUCUCGCAAUGAUCUGUCGCAACCGUGAUUUUCAAAAUAGACGAGGUAUCACAAGCCGGACAAUAAAUAUUUCCAUCGGCCCCAACACAUCCACCUAGCCACUUAUACUUUUUGCGAUCAUCAGAGUCAUACUCAGCUCGAUGGAUCGUCAAUUCAGAAAUUAUAUCCUCUUCAGCAUCCUUUGUUGUAUCAAUUACUAAAACCGUUUCUGCAUGACUCGGGUGAGCUGUAAUGCAAUUAUGAUCGGAAAAAUAUAGAAGAAAAAGGAUGGCAGUAUCAGAGCGGUGCAAUGAACAUUCUGUUCGUGGGUUGAGAUGAUGAUCAAAGUAAAUCUUACCAUAGAUCUUUCCGUUGACCUUGAUCCCACCAUGCCAAAAAUAAUUGCCAACUCCAUAA